AUGAAUGCAUGUUGGUCAUACUCUGGUCGAGUAAUUUCCAAUGGACAGAAUCUCUCCAUUGGAACAGGCUGUGGUUACAUUGCCACUGUUGAACAUGAGUUCCUUCAUGCUCUUGGCUUCUACCAUGAACAGUCCAGAUAUGACAGAGAUGAUUAUGUGACAAUUCAAUUUGAAAACAUCCUAGAAGAUAAAAAGAACAACUUUCGAAUAGUUGGCAGUGAUGAGAGCACCACUCAUGGAGUCCCAUAUGACUAUUUGUCAGUGAUGCACUAUGGCAAAGAUGAUUUCACCAACGGCAAUGGAUCUACAAUUAUCACCAAAGACCCCAAAUUCCAGAAUCUGAUUGGUCAACGAGUGGAAAUGAGUACUAGUGAUGUUCAGGAGCUGAAUCUACUCUACAAAUGCACACAAAGAGGGAGAGAGAGGAACAGAGAGGGAACAAGAGCCAGGUGA